CCGCUCCGGAGCGGGGCUGCCGGCGGCGGUUUCCAGACCCGCACGGAAGCAAAGGACGGUCUGCUCUCUCAUGCCUCGCCUCGCUGCUGUGCCCCGGUAGCCGCUGCUCCCGCAGGAUGGCCGCGGCCUCGUUCCGCUACGGGCUGACCAUCGCGGGCGCCAUGCUGCUGGUCACGGGCACGCUCUGCUUCGCCUGGUGGAGCGACGGCGAGGUGGGCUCGGCCGGCGGGGCUCGGCUGCUGCCGCCCCGGGAUGCCGAGGCCGUGCCCUCCUCCUCCUCCUCCUCCUCGUCCAGCGCCCUGCUGCGCUCCGUCAGCUUCUUCUGCUGCGGCAUCGGCGGCAUCCUGCUCAUCUUCGGCCUCCUGUGGUCCGUCAAGGCCAACGCCAGGGUGGUGUCGCGGCGCUACCAGUACCAUUUCCCCCGGGACCUGCAGUACUUCACGGCCGAGCCCGCGGAGAAGUGGAACUGCAGCUCCUGGGACUCCAGCGCCAUCCCCACCUAUGAAGAAGCCCUGACCUGCAGGCCAGCCCAGGCUGCCCCGGCCUUUGUGCAGCCGCCGGGGCGGAAGGAGGAGCCCACGCCGCCCCUGUACCGCUACCUGGAGGAGGAGGAGGAGGAGGAGGAGGGCUGGCAGGGCGGGCGGCGGCGCAGCUCCUCGGACAGCGCCCUGUUCCGCCCCAGCCCGUCCUGGCUGGAGCCGGCGCAGCCCCCGGAGCCGCAGGGAACGCCGCCCCCCAGCUACGAGAACAUCAUCGAGAGCAGCAUCGGGAGCAGCAUCGGGAACAGCAUCGGGAACAGCAUCGGGAACACCAUCGAGAACAGCAUCGGGAACACCACCGAGAACAGCAUCGGGAACAGCACCGAGAACAGCAUCGGGAACACCAUCGAGAACAGCAUCGGGAACAGCAUCGGGAACACCAUCGAGAACAGCAUCGGGAACAGCACCGUGCGGGGGCUCUGAGCCCGCCUGCCCGGCCGGGACUCUGCCGGGGCUGCCCGGCCCCCCAGCUGUACACGGAGCCCCGAACCCCGGGAUGGGGCACAGGAGGGUGGGCGAGCACUGGGGAGGCUCAGCCCGGCUCUCCCGGCUCUCUGGUGCUGGGAGAUGUGUUCAGAGCAUCGGGGGUAGCUGGCAUGUUUGAAAGCUUUAGUAUUUUUAAUAAAAGCACUGCUGGUUUCAGUGGCUUUGCAUUCCCUGCUCACCCUGGGGAGCUCCUGUCAGGCCUGCCCACUCAAUAAUAAUAAAUGUGCAGCAUACUGAGUAAUCUGGGCAGAGAAAGCCCAGCUCUGUCUGCACCACUCACGUCCCUGUGAGUGCCCCUUCCAGCCCUGUCUCCAUCCCUUCCACCUUGUUUCCCUGAAUGCUGACUGCCCACGCCUCACUUGGUGCUGGCCGUGCUCAGUGGGUCGUGCUGUGCUCAGAGCAUCCCAGUGCACUUGGCAUGUCAGCAGCCUCCUGGAAAUGCCAUCCUGAGUGGCACAGCC